AUGCAAAUCUUUGUUAAAACUCUUACUGGGAAAACUAUCACCUUAGAAGUUGAAUCUUCUGACACUAUUGACAAUGUUAAAUCCAAGAUUCAAGAUAAAGAAGGUAUUCCACCAGAUCAACAACGUUUAAUCUUUGCUGGUAAACAAUUGGAAGAUGGCAGAACUUUAUCAGAUUACAACAUCCAAAAAGAAUCAACAUUACAUUUGGUUUUAAGAUUAAGAGGUGGUAUGCAAAUCUUCGUUAAAACUUUGACUGGUAAGACUAUUACCUUAGAAGUUGAAUCUUCUGACACCAUUGAUAACGUCAAAUCCAAAAUUCAAGACAAAGAAGGUAUUCCACCAGAUCAACAACGUUUAAUUUUUGCUGGUAAGCAAUUAGAAGACGGUAGAACCUUAUCAGAUUACAAUAUUCAAAAAGAAUCAACAUUGCAUUUGGUGUUAAGAUUGAGAGGUGGUAUGCAAAUUUUCGUUAAAACAUUAACUGGUAAAACAAUCACUUUAGAAGUUGAAUCCUCUGAUACUAUUGAUAAUGUUAAGUCUAAGAUUCAAGACAAAGAAGGUAUUCCUCCAGAUCAACAACGUUUAAUUUUUGCUGGUAAGCAAUUAGAAGACGGUAGAACCUUAUCAGAUUACAAUAUUCAAAAAGAAUCAACAUUGCAUUUGGUGUUAAGAUUGAGAGGUGAUUACAAUAUUCAAAAAGAAUCAACAUUGCAUUUGGUGUUAAGAUUGAGAGGUGGUAUGCAAAUUUUCGUUAAAACAUUAACUGGUAAAACAAUCACUUUAGAAGUUGAAUCCUCUGAUACUAUUGAUAAUGUUAAGUCUAAGAUUCAAGACAAAGAAGGUAUUCCUCCAGAUCAACAACGUUUAAUUUUUGCUGGUAAGCAAUUAGAAGACGGUAGAACCUUAUCAGAUUACAAUAUUCAAAAAGAAUCAACAUUGCAUUUGGUGUUAAGAUUGAGAGGUGGUAUGCAAAUUUUCGUUAAAACAUUAACUGGUAAAACAAUCACUUUAGAAGUUGAAUCCUCUGAUACUAUUGAUAAUGUUGAAUCUUCUGACACUAUUGACAAUGUUAAAUCCAAGAUUCAAGAUAAAGAAGGUAUUCCACCAGAUCAACAACGUUUAAUCUUUGCUGGUAAACAAUUGGAAGAUGGCAGAACUUUAUCAGAUUACAACAUCCAAAAAGAAUCAACAUUACAUUUGGUUUUAAGAUUAAGAGGUGGUAUGCAAAUCUUCGUUAAAACUUUGACUGGUAAGACUAUUACCUUAGAAGUUGAAUCUUCUGACACCAUUGAUAACGUCAAAUCCAAAAUUCAAGACAAAGAAGGUAUUCCACCAGAUCAACAACGUUUAAUUUUUGCUGGUAAGCAAUUAGAAGACGGUAGAACCUUAUCAGAUUACAAUAUUCAAAAAGAAUCAACAUUGCAUUUGGUGUUAAGAUUGAGAGGUGGUAUGCAAAUUUUCGUUAAAACAUUAACUGGUAAAACAAUCACUUUAGAAGUUGAAUCCUCUGAUACUAUUGAUAAUGUUAAGUCUAAGAUUCAAGACAAAGAAGGUAUUCCUCCAGAUCAACAACGUUUAAUUUUUGCUGGUAAGCAAUUAGAAGACGGUAGAACCUUAUCAGAUUACAAUAUUCAAAAAGAAUCAACAUUGCAUUUGGUGUUAAGAUUGAGAGGUGGUAUGCAAAUUUUCGUUAAAACAUUAACUGGUAAAACAAUCACUUUAGAAGUUGAAUCCUCUGAUACUAUUGAUAAUGUUAAGUCUAAGAUUCAAGACAAAGAAGGUAUUCCACCAGAUCAACAACGUUUAAUCUUUGCUGGUAAGCAAUUAGAAGAUGGUAGAACUUUGUCAGAUUACAACAUCCAAAAAGAAUCAACAUUGCAUUUGGUUUUAAGAUUGAGAGGUGGUAUGCAAAUUUUUGUCAAGACUUUAACUGGUAAGACCAUUACCUUAGAAGUUGAAUCUUCAGACACUAUCGAUAACGUCAAAUCCAAAAUUCAAGAUAAAGAAGGUAUCCCACCUGAUCAACAACGUUUAAUCUUUGCCGGUAAACAAUUGGAAGAUGGUAGAACUUUAUCGGAUUACAACAUCCAAAAAGAAUCAACCUUACAUUUGGUUUUAAGAUUGAGAGGUGGGUUCUAA